AUGGAUUUGCGAGUCAACAUUUGCAAUGAUCAAGGUUUUCUUUUCUGGUUAGAGGAAUGGAGGAAAAUGGAUAACAUUAUUGAAGAGGAAUCCGACCUCUCCCUAUUUACUAGAGGCACUAUUCUUAUGUGGUAUAUUUGGAAGGCUAGAUGUCAAACCUAUUAUAAUGGGAAGCCAUUCACUAAUUCAGCCAUUCUCAUUCUCUAUAAUGCUCACCUUGGAGACUUGGUGAAAAUGCGUGAAAGACCUUUAUUGACCCAGCCAGAAAACUUGGGAUUUGUUCCUCCUUCUUCUCUUCAAAGAACCUCAUCAGUUUGGAUCAAACCUCCUCAUCUACACAUUAGAAUCAAUACUAAUAGAGCAUGGUCUCCAUCAAAAGCUGCAGUCGGUGUCAUUGAUCGAGAUGAAUUUGGAUCUCUCCUGGUUGCCAGAGUCUUGUUGGUGAAGAGUUCUUCUCCCAUUGAAUCUGAAUUCAAAGCAAUUCUAGAGGGUUUUCGACUAGCAAAAUCUUUCAUCUUGGACCCGAUUAUCAUAGAAAGUGAUGCAAAAGUUGCUAUUCAAGUUCUCUCUUCGGAUCUGGAACCCCCUUGGAGUUCGUCGUUAGUUGCCUUGGAUUGCAAAACCAUCUCAAAAUCCUUCUCAUCCUGUGCUUGGCAUCACAUCCCUCGAUCCUAUAACAGAGCAGCCCAUGGGCUUGCCCAAUUUGCUCUAAGACAAAACAGAUCAUUUACUUUGUCCUCUAUUCCAGAUUGUAUCCUAUCUAUUAUUUUGGAUGAGAUGUAA